UGCUGCUGCUCUGUUCUAGAUGAUCCCGGUGAGGGAGCAGCACAUGAUCUCGCGAUGAAUGAAUGAGAAUUCGAGAAUCUUGCACAAAUUUUGUCAUACCAACAAUAAUGGCCGCUGUGCGCAGACUGGGAUUCUUAUUUAGGAGUUUGCCGUCAUCUCCACGGAAUGCUCUUUUUCGUUCUCCGGUGAAGGAUGGCCGAUGUAUAGGUAGGGGGAUAGCAGUUGCUGCGGGCUUUGCAACCGGAGGAGCGGUGUUGUAUUAUUAUUAUUCAGAUAUGUGCGGAUUCAGAGGGAGAAAAGCCCCGAAAAACGGAACGGGCUGUCGGGCUCUGCUGCCUUCACUACCCGCUGUAGCCGCAAAGGAGAAGGCUCCGAUGUUUGAUUUUGACGAAGGUGACGUGUACAUGUCGUCUCAUGAGCAUCGUUUCCGUCUCUUCAGCUCAGUGGAGUAUGAAGGACAGCUGUACAUGACUCCUCGGAACUUCAUCGAGUCAGUCACCAUGAGUGAGCCCCGCAGUGAGUAA